GAAACAUGGUCCAGAGCGACGAUUUGACCAAAAGUUUGGUCGCCACUUUGGGGUUAAGUGAGCAGAAGGCCAAAGAAACGUUAAAAAAUGUUCCCCUCACACAAACCCUGUCUUCGAUAUUGCAUGAGAUACGCGAAGUUGUCCUCCCCGAGGGAACCGGCGUUCUUUUGUAUCACUUUGCUACGAAAACCAAGCCCCAGAUUGCCCACCAUUUACCCCUAAUCGUCAAAUACAUCGUCACCAAAAAACUGGACACGACACUCCGCGUGGAGAAAGCAAUCGAGUACGCGUUAUCCCACAUCAAAAACAUCAAUCCACCCGAAUUCGAACAGUUUUGCGGAGUGGGGGUCGUGGUAACCCCUGAAGAAAUUGAAAAUGUAGUGGAACAAUACCUCAAAGAAUACAAGAAUGAGUUAGUUGAGAAACGGUACAAAUUUAACGCGGGGCCGCUGAUGCAGAAAGUCCGGGGGAAGUUACCCUGGGCCGACGGCAAAGCGGUUAAAAAUGAAGUGGACGUGCAGAUUUUUGACUUGUUGGGGCCAAAAACCGAAGAAGACUUGGCCCCCGCUGCCAAAACCGACAAAAAGGGAAAAACUACGAAAGCGACCAAGCCCCCAGUGAAGGAACAAGUCGCCAACGGCGACGUUCCAGCGUUGACGAUUCUUGACGUGAUGAAAAAGGUCAGUUUUCAUCUACCGGGUCAAAAUUACAAGACUGACGGGUAUGUGGUGACCGAAAACACCGAGAGGUUGUUGAAGGAGCACUUGAAGGUGACGGGGGGUAAAGUGCAGACAAGGUUUCCGCCUGAACCCAACGGGAUUUUGCACAUCGGGCAUGCCAAAGCUAUUAAUAUUAAUUUUGGGUAUGCAGCUGCCAAUAACGGGGUGUGUUAUUUGAGGUAUGAUGACACCAAUCCGGAGAAGGAGGAAGAGAAAUUUUUUGUGGGGAUUAAGGACAUGGUGGAGUGGUUGGGGUACAAGCCGUACAAGAUUACACAUUCAUCGGAUUAUUUUGACCAGUUGUAUGAAUGGGCUGUGGAGUUGAUUAAAGCGGGGUUGGCGUAUGUUUGUCACCAGAGCGCGGACGAAAUGAAGGGGUUUAACCCACAACCGUCGCCUUGGAGGGAUAGACCGAUUAAGGAAAGUUUGCAGCUUUUCCAGGAUAUGAAGAAUGGGAAAAUUGAUGAAGGUAUGGCAACCUUGCGCAUGAAAAUUACCCUAGAAGAAGGAAAAUUGGACCCAGUGGCGUACAGGGUGCGGUUUACCCCUCAUCACAGAACUGGAGAUAAGUGGUGUAUUUAUCCCACCUAUGAUUACACCCACUGUUUGUGUGAUAGUAUUGAAAAUAUAACCCACUCAUUAUGCACUAAGGAAUUUCAAUCCAGGCGAUCGAGUUACUACUGGUUGUGCAACGCCUUGAAAGUCUACUGUCCCGUUCAGUGGGAAUAUGGGCGCCUUAAUUUUAACUAUACGGUAGUUUCAAAAAGGAAAAUUGGGAAACUCAUUGAUGAAAAAAUAGUUAAAGAUUGGGAUGACCCAAGAUUAUUCACUCUGACUGCCCUCCGAAGAAGGGGUUUUCCAGCUGAAGCUAUAAACAAUUUCUGUGCACAGUUAGGUGUCACGGGGGCCCAAAGCACCGUCGAUCCCUCUAUGUUGGAAGCUUACGUCAGAGACUACUUAAAUAAUACAGCUCCAAGGCGAAUGGUCGUUUUAGAGCCGUUAGAAAUCACAAUCACCAAUUUCCCGUUCGACAAACCAGUGGAAAUCCCAGUCCCCAACUUCCCCAACAAACCAGAACUGGGAAGUCACUCUGUCACUUUUGGACCGAAAAUUUACAUAGAGAAGAGCGAUUUUCUCGAGGACGGCAAUAAAAAUUAUCGCAGAUUGACCAAAACCCAAGCCGUGGGGUUACGUCACGCCGGCUAUGUACUCUCAGUUACUGAAAUAAAGAAAGAUUCUUCAGGAGACGUAAUCGGUGUGGUUUGUACGUGCACCGAAGUCGAUAAAGUUGCCACUAAACCUAAAGCUUUCAUCCACUGGGUUAGCGAACCUGUCGAGAUCGAAGUGAGACUCUACUCAACUCUAUUUAAACAUAAAAACCCGGAAGAUCCGAGCGAGGUUCCAGGUGGAUUUUUGAGCGAUUGUAACACAGAUACUUUGAAUGUGUUGAAAAGUAAGGCUGAUAAGAGUUUACGGGUAGCGAAGGUUUUUGAUAAGUUCCAGUUCGAAAGAAACGGGUUCUUUUCGGUUGAUCCUGAUACCACAGAGGGAAAGUUGAUUUUCAACCAGACUGUGGGACUUAAGGAAGACGCGGGUAAAUAAUGAUAAAAUUGGAAGAAAACUGUGUUAACAAUAAUUUAUUAUAAGAUUUUGUAACUAACACGUGAAAAUUCAAUAAAUAAUAAUUUUACCGA